CUGUUUACAGAAGCAUUGUUUAUUCUAGCACUGAACAAAAUCAAUGUUAGAUAUUUCUGAAACCGUACAGUGUUCAUUUCGGUGCCUUUGGCAUGAAGUAGACUCUUUUUAUCUAGAAACCACUCGUGUGCUGAACUCCGGCUACUGUUAAAACUGGAAGAGCCAUGAGGGGGAUGUAUGUCAUAAAAAGUGCCUUUGCCGAAGUCUGUGUUACUUGGAACUGCUUGUAGGUCGGUCUGCUCUCGUGAGCCUUGCUUGCUGCCAAUUAGACAAAUGCCUGGCUUAAUGUGCAACUGAAAACAGAAAUUUCUCCUACAUCUGUGGCUGCCGUUUCAUCUUUAGCUGAACAUUUCAACAAAAAAAAAAUUUGGAUCAACAAACUACUGCAGGAAGAACAGGCCAACAUAUGGAGAGCUGAGUACGUUGAAUACAGUAAAAGUCAAUAACUGAAAGUGGCUCGAGCACGAUUCAUAAACAAUCUACUGGUGUGAUUGCAUCGAAAUAACUUUCAAUUAAAAAGCAAUAAAGUGUGUCAGCAGAAAUAAAUUUUCAACAAUCAUACUGGAAAAAGAAGGGGUUAAGUCACCACAAACUGAAGGCCACAACUCAACUAGUGACCGAUCGACUACUUGCUUACUUGACUGUUUUGAUGUUGACUAAUUCAUGGCAAACCAAUUUUCGAGCAGCAUUUUAUGAAGUUUUUUUUUGAUUAAUGACCAGUAAGAAACAUUUUAUAUAUUGAAAGAGAUAACUUUUUUUUGUUUUUAGUUCUUUUGGCUGCUGCAUUUCCCUCAGAAUCCUAACGCGAAGCUGUUCUAAAACACGUUAAAACACUUCGAUUUAUUAUGGCUGUAAACGUUACUCCAGUACGUGAUACAAAAUGGCUGACAUUAGAAGUGUGCAGACAGUUUCAGAGAGGGACAUGCUCACGUUCAGACCAGGAAUGCAAGUUUGCACAUCCACCAAAAAGCUGUCAAGUUGAAAACGGACGAGUUAUUGCAUGCUUUGAUUCCCUUAAGGGCAGGUGCACAAGAGAGAACUGCAAGUACCUUCAUCCACCAAUGCAUUUAAAAACGCAGUUAGAAAUUAAUGGACGUAACAAUCUCAUCCAACAGAAAACAACUGCAGCAAUGCUGGCACAGCAGAUGCAGUUUAUGAUGCCAGGUGCACAGAUUCAGCCAGUCGCCACGUUUCCAAUGAACCCUGGCACAGGAGUAAAUAAUCAUGCUUUUAGUUUUAGCCCCUUCCUGGCACCCAUGCCUCCCAAUGUGGGUUUAGUUCCAACAGAAAUUCUCUCCAACCCCCCAGUCCUUGUCCCUGGAAGUCCACCUAUUUCAGUUGCAGGAACAGGAAAUGUGCAGAAGCACAUGAGAACAGACCGAUUAGAGGUGUGCAGGGAAUUUCAGCGAGGGAACUGCACUCGGGGUGAGACUGACUGCCGCUUCGCUCACCCUGCAGACAGCACAAUGGUAGACACCAAUGACAACACCGUUACUGUCUGCAUGGAUUAUAUCAAAGGUCGAUGCUCAAGAGAGAAGUGCAAGUACUUCCACCCCCCUGCACAUUUACAGGCCAAAAUAAAGGCAGCUCAACACCAGGCCAACCAGGCUGUGGCAGUAGCACAGGCAGCUGCUGCAGCCGCAACAGCAAUGACUCAGUCGGCUGCCAAAUCUGUGAAACGACCCCUCGAGGCAACCUUUGACCUGGCCUUCCCACCUGGUGUUCUUCACCAUUUACCAAAGAGACCAGCCCUUGAAAAAAGCAAUGGCACCAGCACAAUCUUUAAUCCUAGUGUUUUGCACUAUCAACAGGCUCUAGCCAAUGCACAUAUGCAGCAGCCAACAUUUUUUCCAACAGGGUCGGUGUUUUGCAUGACUCCUCCAGCUACAACUGUUGAUCAUGCUGAAAUAGUGAACCCGAAGCUAUUGAAUUCCCAGGACAUCUCUAUGGAAACUCACGAACAAGCUUACUGUAAAUACUACCCUCUUCACUCCCCACCUGCAUCCAUAUUGGGCUUACCACAGCCAGCAUGCUAACUAAAUUAAGACACAUUCUAUUUAGAUUAAGCAAGAAUACAAGAUCUUGAUGGGAAAUGCAUUAUCAAAUUUAAGGAUAUAGAUGAUUUCAGGCACAUAUUUAAUAUUCAUAUAUCCUGUAAAUAACUAGCACUUAAGAUAAAUAUUACAAUCUAGGCAAUGGUAAUCUAAUUUCUGAUGUCUCAUUUUGUGAAGCUGUUAAACCAUUACAUUCUGUAAAGAGUGUGAUGUGGUUCUAUUGUUAAUAAUUUGUUGUCUGAUAUCAUGGUAUACAAAAAACAGCACCUGCUGAGUUGGAAGAAUCCCCAUGGACAUUUAUACAAACAGUACACAAAACUCUGAGGGUUUCAGUGCAAAAAAAAAUGGGGUUUUAAACCUUUUAAUAGCCUAAUUAAUUACUGGGAAAAAUAGCAUUUGAUCAAUGAUGAUCAGUUUUUAUUUUCUAAAAAAAAGACUAUUAAGUAAACUAAAUCUUAUAGAUGUGAAUUAUGAAAUAACUCCAAGGUUCUUAUAUUAAUCUGAAAUAUUGCACAGACAUAAUGACUUGCCAAAGCUUAUUGUAUAUUGAUUGCUGAUGCUCUUGAUGCCUUGUUGUGGUAAUAUGAGCAAAUCGUGAAAGGACGUCUUUCCAGUGCAUUGCAGUCAUUUUUGGAUAUGUAGUUCCUACACUGAGAAGUUGGUUUAAUUUACUGAGGCAGCUUGUUUCAAAGCUUGAAGAAUCAUGUCAUAAGUGAAGUUCCCACUGCCAGUCCUGCAGUUGUCUUUUGGGUUUGCACAGUGGAACUUCAGUCGGUGCGACUGGCUGCAAAAGCAAUUGAUUGUGGAAACAGCAGGUCAGUUUCACUGCAGCGAUAAUAAUUUUGGCCACCAUAUUUUCUGCAUUACCAAAGAUUCUUCCAACUCCAAAAGAUGCACGGUAUUAUAAAGUCACUUAUAAUCUAGUACAUGAUUUAUGUAACAGUGCCUAAAGUAAAGAGGGUGGGGGCAAUUAUUCACAAAUAUGUGCAAAGUGUAAGUUUUACCAAAAUUGCAUUUUGUGUUUUCUCAUGUUAAUGAUGGAGACUGAAUUAGCUGGCACAAUUCAAAGAAAGUAUAGUUGAAGUACACAACAAGAAGAAUUAAUUUUUUAAAAAAUAAUUAUUCUUUUUCUAAGAAAAGGCUCUUCCCAAAUACACUCUAGUUUCUCACUAAUAUCAAGAAUGGGGGCUGGUGAUUCUCUCAUCCUUUCAAACAAAUUACAUCAUAAAACUGUAAAUUUGAUUAUUUUUUCAUUCUGCAAGUCACAAUGUGAUUGUGACUCUAAUAUAAGGUUUAGAAGUAACAUUGACAUAAACACUGUUUCACAAAAUUUAUGUUGUAAUAUCUCAACACAGAAACAAAACAAGGAUAUAUACUAAGGUUGGCUCAGAACCCUAAUGUAACCUUGAAUUCUACCAUACAAUCUAAAUACUGUUAAAUCAAUCAGUAACUACAUAAAGUCAUCAGAACAUAGCAAACACAAAAACCUAUAGCUUGGUAAUUUUCUUUUUUUAAUUAUAGUUUAUAUUUAAAGAAUUCUUUUUAAAGUCUUAGAAGAUCAUAGAUAAGUCCAUCCAUUAUAAUGCUUAGAAGUUAGUUAAUAGUUUGAUCAGAAUCUCUAUUGUGUUCAAAGUAUAUAUUCCAUUUUCAUAAUAGGUUUACCUUUUUACAAGAUUGGUUUUAUGAUAUGAAAUGUUAAUGGUUUUAUAGUAGAAUUAAUACUAAAGAUAACAUGUAAUGAUUUUGUUUUCUUGAAACUUUUAUUGAGGAUUAAUAGUAGUAGUAACAUUUUUUUAAAAUCCUGCUCUUAUACUAUACAUGCAGAGCUCAGUCCAUUACCAAGUCAACUAGACCUGCAUUUUAUAGUGGUAAAACAUACCAUUAACAGAUAAGAAACUAUGUCACUACGAAACUUUCAGAAGAACAGUGCAGGUGAACAGUUGUCGUAGUUCAAUGCUAACAUCAUAAUAACAUUUAUGAGCUAUUUUUAAAGUCACAUUUAUUCUCAAUAUCCAUCAUAUUUCUUUUUCUGUUUUUCUGUAGAAGGACAAAGUUUUCUACAGAUUUCUGAUGCUAUAGCAAUAUUUUCUGUUAUGAAAUGGUGCACUCAGCUUAAAAGCUUGUUGCACUAUGAUAAGUGAGCACCACUUGUGGCCACAGCACUUAUCCAGCGCACUUAGUUUUCUAAGGCCUCAGACUCAAACUUGUAACAAAAUGUAUUGCCUAACUAAUAUUUUAACACACGUAAGUUGAUCCUUAACAUGAAAUAAUCAUGUCACAAUAAUGGCAGGAUACAUGUGUACUUGUGUAGAUCUGUGUAUUUUUUUUAAACUUUUAAUGUUAGGUAACUUGUCUUUAUACUUCUGUUUUUUUCCAACUGAUAAAAAGAACCAUUUGAUCUGCAGAUAUUGGCCUUUCGCCAACUGUGUACUGUCAGAUGGUAUAAAAUUGAUACUGUUUGAAUAUUUUUGACAUUCUCACCCAAGGAACAGAUUGGUUUGUGUCCGUCGAAGGGUUUGUUGUUUUCAGGAGUGUUGUCACUAUCUGAGAGUUGAAAUGCAGCUGAACUAACUGAUCCUGGUCCUGAUCCUGGUCCUGGUAAUGUAAUGUACGGAUAUGUAUAACAGAUCUAGUUGCACUUAUGUACAUAAUAAUUAUGUAAUAAAUAAAACUGUCUUUAUAUUGUAAAACCAGGGCGGAGGUUUCUAAAUAGAAACUAAAUCCUCCGUUCAAAACUUUGUCAUGAGAGACAGUUUGACGUGAAUUGUAACUGUUUACUGAAAUAUAAUAUAUUUCCUGUUGGAAUUCUAGGCAGUUAACACAAACUAUUUUUUAAAACUAUAUAUAAAAUUGUAUGCUGCAGUUUUUUUUUAAGAAAUGAACAUUCAUGCCUCUACUAGGGAGCACUAACUAUAGUUAGUCUCUCAUGCUUGUAGCUUGCUUUGAGCAACAAUAGAAGAUAAAAUAUUCAAACAUAUCAUACAAAUCUGACAGAAACAACAUCCUUCCUUAGGACACAACAUCUUCAACCCAACAGGAAGUUGUUAUGUACCUGUUUCACUCACUGUACCAUAUUUACAACGAUAACUGGGUUGUAAUCUCAAGAAUUGCUUUGUCAGGCACCACAGUUUACAGUCACUACUCUGCGAUUCCUGAUGCAGGCUUCUGGUUAGAAUAUUAGUGCUAAGUUGAACAUGACUCAGGCUGUUUUUUGCAACAGUUGCCUGGUAAGUGUUCAGUUCAAUAUUUUACAAAGCCAGUUUGAAAUCUAGUGACAGCGGCCAAAUAAGUUUACUAGCUAUGCUGUUUGGUGAAUCUUAGUAGUUGAAGAAUGUAAUAUCUCCAUUCACACACACACAAAUGGAGUGCAGUUAGUGGUUCAUUAGGUGUAGUAAUAUGUCACUCUGCAAUGAAACAAUUGUCUGUACACAGAGCCUCCACUUCCCAGGUAUACAGUACCGAAUUUUUUUUCUGUAUUACUGCCAGAUUAUAUACUGUUUAUGGUUUAGUUAUGUUGAAUGAUUCACUGUUUUAUUUCAUAAGAUGCAACUAUUUGUUUAUGACCAUUGAGGGGAAAAUAAAUAAAUAUUUGGGA